AAUGGCACUCAUUAGGAAAUCAAUUCUCCUCGUUUGUGCUGCAACUUGCCUCUUCGCUUGUGCCUUACGGCAAGCGCACAGUGGUGAUCUAGGUGCCGCAAAAGUCAUAGCAGACGAGUUUGUGGCAGAAGCAGGAGCUGAAGACGGUGAAGGAGAAGACCAAGAUCCCAUUUUCGUCAAUGCCCUUGAAUGUUUUAACAACAGAAAUAUCUAUAGUAUGUGCGAUGAAGAGUAUAGAUUGAGUGAGAAGGGAGAGUUGAAGGUGCCACACGAAUGCGCCGACCAAUACUGCCAAGGGCCUUGUCGGGAGGAGACUAACCUCGUACUCGAAUGCAUUCAACAAAUCUUCCAGCAUUUUCGAUUUUAUAACAAGGCUACGCUUAAUGAUGUGCGAGAAACGAUCAACGCCGCUUGCGGUUAUGGCCCCAAACGAGGUGAUUUCGAUGUGGCUGAGCACAUAAGACUUGAUGAAGAUUUUUCAAGCAAGUUAAUGUCAAGCUAUAUCGUCAUCUACGCUGCAUUGCUAAUGAUAUUGGGAUGGCGUGUAUUAUUCUAGCUAAUUAUAUAUACGUUGUUGGAGUGCGUUAUAAUGCUAAUUUUUCUUAAAUAGCUAACUUGCUAACUCAUUAACGUAGUGUAUUAAAAAUGUCAACACGAUCACAUUAAAAUGUCAAUACAAUGUAUUAAAAUAUCAACUUAAGUUUAUGUUGACAUUUCAUUAUCAUCGUGUUGAGAUUUUUAAUACACAACGUUAAUGAGUUAACAAGUUAGUAACUUAAGAAUAUUUAGCAAUGGAUCACACCCCUAUGUUAUUGUG